AUGUCUACUACAUUAAUGACGAUGGUGAAUGGCGGUAGGCUACAGCCGACAAGGCCAACGACGUUACUACUACCGAAAAAUCAGCCUCAUUUAUACAACUAUUGGACACUGCAUGACCGUUUACGAUUACAAAAUGCACAAUUAAUAAAACAGCAACAAUCAUCAUGUCGAAUGAUAAUCUAUUCUCUAUGGUUAUUCAUAUUUUCAUCGGUAACGUCGGUAGUUAUUUAUCGUUUUACAGAUCAGUGCUCCGAAACGAAACAGGGAAAGAUUUUAUUCCUUAAAUGCCUCAGAUAUUGGCUUUUACUUGUGACAAUUGGUAUUAGUGUGUUCACUUGUUGCGGUGUUAUAUUUGGUGCUGGUAGAUACGUUCGUUGGCGACCUCGACGAUUUCAAAAAGAAAAUCAACUCCAAUUCAAUUUGCAGAACAAGAGUAUUUUAUUACCGAUGACAAAUCUUUCACAUUCAAGCCAUUAUUCAACGCCAUUAACAGACGACAGUCCUCUAGCGUCAUGCCGAAAGUAUUUGAAACCGAAUGAUCUUAAUUCAAAUACAACGGAAAUGUCUUCAUUAACAAAUGUUUCAUUGCAACGUAAAAUACCACCGUACGAUUAUGAAGAAUUACCAAAUAUAGUGAAUUCGAGUAGAAAUACGUUUCUACUACUUCCAAGAUCAUCCUUACUAUCGAGUUUAUCAACGGAGACAGGUUCAAACGAUCAUCAAAGUAAGCCGAAUGGUGUGAAGAGCAAAUCUACUUCAGUUGAUCAAAAUACUCGUUCCAACACAUCAUCUAUUUCGCACACGAUUUACCUAGCUGGAGUUGACGUGUGGCAAAAGCAGCAACGGCAAGAGAAUCUAUCUUCAUUUUAUUGA